AUGCCCUCCGUAUUUGACUCUCCGCCAAAGAAGGCGAAAACAAUCAAGUCAGCCUUCGACAGUGAGAGCUUCGAUGCCGACCUGACCAUCCAUGUUGAUGGCUUGGUGGGCUCCGCCACCAUCUCACCCUCGGGCCGUGAUGUUGCUCUUGCUUCCCCUGAGGGCCUCGCUAUCAUAGACCUGGACUCGCCAUGGAAUCCCCCACGAAGACUGAGCAGCCAUGGCCUCCCGUGGCUGGUGGUUGAUGUCCAAUGGUCUCCCUUUGCAGCUCGUGACUACUGGGUGGCCUCGACAGCAAAUCAUCGCUGUCUGGUAUGGAACCUCAACAUGAGGGACGACUCGCCCUCUGGAGCCAUCGAGCACUCGUUGCAAGCCCAUAGUCGAGCCAUCACCGACAUUAACUUUUCGGCUCACCAUCCAGAUCUUUUAGCCAGUUGCUCAGUUGACGGAUAUGUUCAUCACUGGGAUCUGAGAAGACCGAGACAGCCUGCUCUGUCAUUCUGCGACUGGUUUGCCGGUGCAACGCAGGUCAAAUACAGUCGUCAAGACCCUCAUGUUCUUGCUUCGGCUCACGAUCGAUGGCUUCAUAUCUGGGACGACCGAAAGACUGUCGAACCCCUCAAGACCAUUUGUGCUCACACGUCCAAAAUCUACGGUAUCGACUGGAAUCGGACUGACGCCCCCUGCUUGGUCACCUGCUCCUUGGACAAAACCAUCAAGUUCUGGAACUACGAAAAGACCGACGAACCAGAGCGGGUCAUUCGCACCGACUUUCCAGUAUGGCGAGCUAGGCAUACCCCUUUUGGCAACGGCUUGCUUGCCAUGCCACAGAAUGAACCGGGCAACCUUUACCUGUACGAUCGGCGAACCGCCCCAGAGGCUCCGAGCGCAUCAGAACCCGUUGCCAUGUUCUCAGGACACGGAAACCACAAAGUGAAAGAAUUUCUGUGGAGAACCCGAGGAUCAAUCACUAGCGAGGGUGUUGAUGAGCGCGAGUUUCAGUUGGUUUCCUGGGGCGAAGAUAAUGAGUUGCGGUUGCAAAAGGUUGAGCCCGACAUUCUUGAGUCCGUUGGCUAUGUGAAAGGGAAGACCGUGGUGAAGAACCUGGCCCUCACCCGCAAAGGCGCAGCUUACAAGACUUUCCGCGCAGUCGACGAUACUGUCCACCGUGAUCGCAGGACUGCUACCAUGAGCGACCCGCGUCCCGGAAGCUCGGGUCAGUAUCGCAAAAGUGCUCUCAGCUAUGGCCUAAAUUCCCAUCUCCGUUGGGUUGGGCCUACGUGGCGAGGUUCUCCAAUGAAGGCCAAGGUGAAUGGCGGCAAAAGUAUGGACAAGAGUCAAUUGCAAAUCGGGUGGAUGAAAGGUAUCUCCAUGACCAAGCGGAAAUCCGAGUCCGAUGGCCCUGGACGAGGUAGCAUCAAAGACUCUGGCCUUUUCAGCCAUGGUGCCUAUGACGAUGACUGGGCUGAACCGGAAUCCAUUCAAGACGAGUUCAUCCACGUCAGCAAUCGUCUUCCCAACGUGAAAUGGGAAAACAUCGAUAUGGAUGCGUUGAUUCUCAAUGCCUCAUUGAAGGGGCCAUGGGGCUUCAACGACGAGGGAAUCUUCAUCAAGGUUAAAGUCGAUAUUCCGACCAGCUAUCCCACCAGCAAGGCCCCCAAGUUUUAUGUCGAAAAGACAUCCUUCAUGCCCGAAGAAACUCACGAGAAGAUUGAGCGCGAGCUACAGAUACUUGGCAACCAGUUCCUUGAAAGGAAACAAAACUGCCUCGAGGUGGCCUUCUCAUACUUGCUCGGCGAUGUCGACCUCGAAAAUAGUACUACCCUCUUUAAGAAUGUCAGGGAUCUCAACGACGAGGAAAUCGAAGCGCUAGCAGACGAAAGCUCCAGUGACGAGGAAGACAGCGAUGUCCAGGCUAGAGGAUCUGUCUCAAUGUCACAGGACCUUACGGCGAGCACUGAACUUGAUCCGACAGCCACCCUUGCUCCAACACAACGCCCCAUUGCAGUGCCAACGCCCAGAAAGUGCGGAGCGAGAUUUUCCAACGACGGCAGACUUGUGUGCUUCUUCCCCUCAAAAGAACAACAAGCCCUCGCACUAUUCUCCAUCUCCAAUUCGGACGCCUACCGCGAUCGACAGAAAGGAGAACCAAAUUUUGCGGGUUUCGGUCGUCUCACCCAGGAUUCGCCGCCUCCAAGACGUAGAUACAAUGAUGAUGACUCGGGUUCUGACGAUAUGAGUGAUGGGUCGGAAGACACAGAAUCCAGCUCCUCCAGCGACUCGGAGCCGUCAACGAUGCACAAGAUCAGUCUAUGGCAUCAACCUGGUGGGCGUAGUCUCAAAAAGACAUGGAGUACAAACGACUCGUUGCGCUCCAGCGGAGGAGGCACCGGCGCUGGUACCGGAACCGGAACGGGGAUCAGUCGAAGAAGGCUCCCAGCCAGGCCUAAGAAUAUCAUUGCCCUUCACGAUUUGCGCAGCCUACUUCCAUCGCAGAAACAGUUUGCUCAGGAGUAUGCGAUCUUUGGCGAUGGCGCUGAGGUGUGCAUGCACAAUGCCAUGGUCGCGGAGAAAUAUGGGUAUCACGACCUCGUUCAUAUAUGGCAUUAUGCGGCCAUGUUGUUGCGGAAUGACAUCCCGCUUGAAAUCCAUGAACAGCAAAAUAGAAAAGAGUCUGUCCUUGUCAUAGCCAGGGACGCCUCUGCACGGGUUCGGGAUGACGAGUAUGCACAGCACUUUGGUUGGGACAGUAAUUUAUCUGGCCGUGUCAAGUGGGGUUACCACCCAUUAGCCCAAAGCUUGAUUGCCGACCUUUUCAACCAUUUUGAAAAGGUAGCUGACAUCCAGAUGCUAGCCAUGCUGGCUUGCAUCUUCGGAGACUCGUCCGCUGAGGACGGGGUAGCCUAUGCAGGCUCACAUCUUCCCCAGCCUGAGACACCCCUGCCUAUGAAAGCCCCUUCCUUUUCACUAGAGUAUUUCCCUACCGACCCAGCAUUAUGGCAUAUUAACUACAAGAGUCAAGCUAGUAGUGCCAUCACGACUCCCAGAACCGUCCAUACUCCUGCAAUAUACUCAGAGUCACCAGGAAUCGAGGACGUCGUAGCUUUACUUGAGCCUACACCCAACUCCUUCUCCGCUGGCGAAACUCCCCCGAAGAUGUCUCGAGAUCAUCUACGAGAAGGCGACCAAACUCAAAGCCUAUCGACAUCGCCUAGCAAUAGGCUCUUUACCCGCUCCAACACGGCUGUUUCUGCAGCUUUCAGCCUCCCGAAGACACUGGCUGGAAUGGUUUCGGGGUCACCUCCAGAUCCCCCACCACGCAAGCGGCCCAGCCCUGCCGAAGCCAUCUUCAACAACCUUGCUCCAAGUGUUACCUGGGGAACUUCAACCGUGUUUGGGGGUACGGCUCCCGAAACACCGGGUACGGCACGAACUUCACUCUCAGAUGAUGAGGGUAGAAAUCAUGAUAUGACGGUCUUGGUACCUGUUGCCGUCUCGGUCGUCCCAGAGAACCAGGGCCUCUUUGACGACGAUGGAUGGCUGAACACGCCUCUUCUCGAUCCAAGCCGCAACCAUGUCUACUCGUAUUACCGUUAUGCCUACGCCGAGAUGCUGCAAAUGUGGGGCCAGCCUUUAUCUCGCCUCGAGAUCAUGAAGUUCAAUGUCCUCAAGGGCGACAAGACAUCGAGCUCUGGGUGCUACAGUGAUGUCACGCAUAGCAUAGAUGGCUACUACGAUCACGAAACGGCUGAGAAUACCGCUGCUAACAGUGCCAGCCAAAACCCUGCCUUUGGCGGACGGAAAGAACAGCUCCAGGCUUUGAUCGCCUCUGGUCGCGGCCUUGAUGUUACGGGCAUUUGCCGCAUUCAUGAAGAGCAGCUUGAUCCGGUGGAGUACACCAGGCCGACCAAGGGCAAAUACGGCGGUGCUGUUGGUACAUGCCAUAGGUGCGUUAAAGCAGGUAACAAGAAAGAACAGAAACAGCUGCGCUGCGUGUACUGUCUCGAGCCUAUCGCCGCGCUUUACCCACCUUGUCUCAACUGCGGUUGCGCCUUCCACGAAGCCUGUCUGGCUGAGUGGCACGAGAUGGGCGAAGAAGAAUGUCCAGCGGGUGAUGACUGCUGCUGUGUCGAAGAUGCCAGCACCGCGCACGUGGAGAGAUGGUCGGCCUUGCAAGCUGCCGUGGCGGCCAUGAAUAAGAUGAGAAGCGCCGCCAGCGGAAGUCUACACCAGCAGGUGGACCGCGACAAGGAGAAAAGCUCAGGCAAUCAGUCGGGUAUAUCAAGAAGAUCUUCCAUCAAGACCGUCCUGACCGGCGUCGCCAGUGUCGCCACCGGAGGCACCGGCAGCCGACCGCGUCGCCGAAGCGUACCUACCGACCUCGCCAAAUUCAUGCGCGGCGGCCGCUCCGAUCCCAAUGCCUACCGUCCGAACGACGACAACGACGAUGACUACGACGAAGACGACGAUGAUCUCCCCACUAUCGCCAUCACCAGCUCCAACGGCGGCUCCAGCGACCGCAGCCGCAGCGCCCACCCUACCAAUCGCCGCGCCGUCUCAACCGCCUCCCCCUCCGGCAUCACCACAAACACAAUCCCGCACCAGUUCGGCCGGCGUAGAGGCGGUAGUUCCGCCUCUCACCUCGCCGCCACCGGCGGCUACAGCAGUGGCUACGGCCAUCGCUCCUCCAACCUUUCCCACUUUUACAUCGCAGCCGACGACAAUUCAGGUGACUCCGCCGACUCCAAUAACGAAGGCACCGCCACCACCCAAUUCCCGGCCUCCAACUCCAACCGCACCUCGCAGACUCUGCUCUCAGGCAAUGACAUUGACCGCGAAGAGUGGGAAUCCGUCGCUUCCUCACGCGGCAUACCUUCGCUUUCGAAUGACCCGCUCCACCCUUCGCACCCUUCGCACCAUUCUCGAUCCGGUUCUCGAUCCGGGAACUCUUCCCGAUCAGCCUCUGGCGGCUCCGACACAGGUGGGAAAGAUACCAUCACCACAUCAUCGUCGUCGUUGACGACGACCCCGAGAGUAGGUGACAGUGGAAGCGAAAACAGCAAAAGACCACCACAUCACGAACGCACGCCCAGCGGAAGAGGAUUCACGGCGCUGAAACCGCCACCCUACGGAGACGAGCCGAUAAGCGCGGCGAGAUUGAGUUUGGGGAAUCGGUUGAAGAAACAUAUUGCUGGUGCUGCUAGUGCUGCUGCUUCUUCUGGUUCUUCUGCUUCUGGUGGUUCAGGGUCUGGUGGAAACGGUGGGAACGCUGGGAAUGAUAGCGGUGGUGGGGGUGAGACUACUGGUGUUGCAGGAGGGAGUGGCGGUGGUACCAGCUCUUUAUUGGGAGGUGGAGCACAACGACCGAGUUUGUUGAGGAAGAAAAGUACAGGUGUUGCUGUGUGGAGAGGCGGUAACUAGAUUAAAGGGACCAAAGAAAAAGGAGACCGAGGUUGACGGUUGAAGGCAAGUACUUGCUAGAUGGUAAUGUAAGGUGUAGCAAAUAGGUUAUCGAAAAGGGAUCUUGAAUCGAAG